AUGUAUCAUAUCCCAUGUGAGCUUCAAGGAAACACAUACGUGUGCAACGAAGGUACAACGAUGUUCUUAGCAGUCUCCUUCUUGCUACUCGCGACGUUAAUCGGAACGGCGUCCAGUCAGUAUCCAUGGGGUGAAUCGGUAUGCAAACUGCCUGCUGAGACAGGGCCUUGCGACGCAGUGAUUCCGAAGUACUUUUUCAACACAUCCACUUGCACAUGCGAACUAUUCAUCUACGGCGGUUGCGGCGGAAACGGAAACAGAUUCGAGACGUAUGGAGAGUGCAUGAAUCGCUGCAAGCGCACUUGUUAUUACAAAUACUUAAACAUCCCCCCUUUCAAGUAUAUAUACGCAUCCGGUUUAGCUUUAUUAUCGAGUGCUCAGAUUCGUCAGAGAAGCGCCCAAGGUACAACAAUGUUCUCAACAGUCUCCUUCUUGCUACUCGCGACGUUAAUCGGAACGGCGUCCAGUCAGUAUCCAUGGAGAUACCCAUAUUCAUGGGUAUGCUAUCUGCCUUCUGAUUCCGGGUAUUGUUACGGGUAUUUCCCGAUGUACUUCUUCAACACAUUCACUCGCAGAUGCGAACUAUUCAUCUACGGCGGUUGCGGCGGAAACGGAAACAGAUUCAAGACGUAUGGAGAAUGCAUGAACCGCUGCAAGAGCACUUGCUAUUACAAAUAGUACGCAACCAUAGUACCGUUAGCAAUAUUGGAUAAUAAAGAUGGACCACAGCA